UUCCAAAAUCACAGCGAAAAGCCCAAUGUACUCUAAUCAGGCAGUGGGCUGGGCUUAGCCGGACGAUGACGGCCCAACUGUAGGCAUUCCGGCAACGGCCGAAUCUCCGAUCUGCUUAUCUCUCGUUUUCUUCCACUUUUGCAUACAUACUUCGCAAUCAAUCAAUCAAUGGAAUCAUCAUCUUCCCAUCUCGGCUCCCUUCCCGAAGAUGUUUCUGAAGAUCAAGGACAAUCACAAGGAAAUCAGAAAUCGGUCUUCGCCUCCAAGCCUCAGCGCCCUCCGACUCAAAAUGUUUCAGAGAAAUACUUGCCUCUAGAUUGGCUUGGGUAUUUUGACCAAGAGGAUGAUAUUUCCAUUCCAAACUCAAAUGAGGUCUUUCAUGUCUACAUGGCUGGAAAAGAAGGGCCAGUUGUAUUUUGUCUGCAUGGAGGAGGCUAUUCUGGGCUUUCUUUUGCUCUAUCAGCUGGUAUUAUAAAGGAAAAGGCUAGAGUAGUUGCAAUGGACUUCAGAGGACAUGGAAAAUCAUCUUCUGAGAAUGAUCUUGACUUAUCAAUUGAGACUAUGUGCAAUGAUGUUUUGGCAGUUAUAAAGACCAUGUAUGGAGAUUCACCUCCUGCAAUCGUGCUUGUUGGUCACAGUAUGGGAGGUUCGGUUGCUGUACAUGUUGCUGCCAAGAGAGCAUUACCUAGCCUAGCUGGUUUAGUGGUUGUGGACGUUGUGGAGGGAACUGCCAUGGCUUCAUUGAUUCAUAUGCAAAAAAUCUUAUCCAACAGGAUGCAACAUUUUCCUAGUGUUGAGAAAGCGAUUGAAUGGAGUGUAAAAGGAGGUUCGUUGAGGAAUGUUGACUCUGCCCGUGUGUCAAUUCCCUCUACUCUUACAUACGAUGAUUCAAAGAAAUGCUAUACUUACCGAGCAAAACUGGAAGAAACAGAACAGUAUUGGAAGAGCUGGUAUGAGGGGCUUUCUGAAAAGUUUCUUUCAUGUCCUGUUCCAAAGCUUUUGCUUCUAGCGGGAACUGACAGAUUGGACAAAACACUAACAAUUGGUCAAAUGCAAGGGAAGUUUCAGAUGGUGGUAGUCAGACAUACUGGCCAUGCUAUUCAGGAAGAUACACCGGAUGAGUUCUCAAAUUUGAUACUAAAUUUUAUUUCUCGCAAUCGGAUAGGUCCAAAUGGGGUUGAGAUACCAGGACUUCGCAAACCGCAGCAUUAGCAACCUUCGAAUGUGAACAGGAGAAAAAAGAUGAUUUGCAGUUUCUCCUCCAGCAUAGAAACUGAGCUAGAUGACGAGUAAACCAUGUUCUGAAAACGGCGGUUGCUUCGGAGUAAAGCUAGUUGUUAGCAUACAUUUCUUAAAGCGUCAUCCACCUGACUUGCAAGAAUCAAAGUCCAAUUGAAGCAGCGAAAUUGAUUUUCUCAGCUUGUGUGAUGCACCAAGGACUGUAAAUGAGACCCUAUCAAAGUAUGCAUUACAACUUAGUGAUAAUUGUUGAUGCAGCUACUACUUUUAGAUGACUACAAACCAUAAUAUAGAAGAAGGCUUAUUAUAAAUUAUAAAUGGAGUACUACAAGCUUUUCUGUUGUAGCAUAGCUCAACCGCAGUUGAAAUGUAUUUUGAUGGUUUAAAUUUUCAUAUUUGACUUAUGUAUUGAACUUUUUGCAACAUUUAAUAUAUUGUGAUGCAACUAUACAUGUAUUUUUUAGUCGGUGGGGAAUUAAAACCUCUCACCUCUAAGAUGAAAGAUUAUAUCAAUUAUCACCUGUCUUUACUUCAA